ACAUAAGCAAUAUUAUCCCUUUUAUUUUAUUUUUUUUUUUUGCAUAAAAGUGAUAUUGCGAUCCCAUAAGAAAUCGUAAAAUUUUAAUAUACAUACUAUUCAAAUAUUUUAUUUUCAUGUCAGUCUUCUCUCGUUCAAUUUGUAGAAACCUUAAAAUAUAUACGGCGUCACCAGCUGUGUACUGUGUAGUUACUGACACAAAGAAAACAGAUAAAAAGGAAGAUGCAAAGUAUCUUUGAAGUGAAAAAGAUCUGUUUUAUUAUAGAAAAGAUAUUGGUAAUUAAUAAUGUUUGAUAAAAAAUAUCAUAAAAAUGACCUCAUAAAGGGGAUUUCAACAUAAUUUUCUAUUGUAGGAGCCUAGCGAAACAAAGAAAAAGUUGCUUGGAAAUAAUGUAUAUAUUACGACGUUUUGCGCAACAUGUUUUUACGGAAUUCCUAUGAUACGCAAUUUAGUUCUACAUUGAUUUUAAAUUCAAUUCAAUUGUUACCGAGUUCUCAUUGCAUAUUAACAAUAUUAUACUACAAACGUUCCUUCUAAAAAGAAUUUUACUUCAAGCUCGUGCGUAAUUCAUAUUGGCAUCGCUCGUUUCACGCACGUUGAACGGAAUCGACUUGCAAGUCUCGGUCGCGACGGCGAUUAUGUAAUAUUGCGAUCGGUGGCGAGCCGGUGGCAAAUCCCGGCUCUCAAUUGUGAAAGGGCCAAAGAGUUCUAGAUGUUAAAUAAAUCGAUUUCUCUCGUUUCUCUCCCUCUUUCUCGUCGGCUUUCUCCCCCAUUCGGGGUUGCAUACUCGCCGCCACCACUACCCUUGCCGCCUGACGAUCACCACCAAGAUGCCCGGCCUGCGUGAACGAGACGGGCGCAACCUGUGGCUGAUCCUGACCGGCGCGCCUCCCUCCGGAUAUUCAGCCACGCUCCCAAUUCUCAAAGCGCUUCUACUCAGUGCUAUUCCCACCGUGCGGCCGCUUGCAACGUCGAUCUCUCGCCGAGGAAAACCCCGGCCCGCCGUGCACGACUCGCGGAUCGUCGUCGGCGGCUACGGCAAUGCGCGUCGGAUGCAGGUUCACCGCUGAUGCAACGAGGGACAAAUCGCGCACGGAGCGCCGCGACGCAACCCUCCGAGGGUGACCAUGAGCGUACCGGCUUACCGAGCUGUCGUAGUGAAACUUUAGUCCUGACGAUGCGGCGAUUGUGAGUUUAACGUAUCGUCUACGUCUACAACAUUGGAGGCGACAACGGGGUGCCAAAAAAAUGUGCGGAUGCUGUCGAGAAAGAGAAAAACGGCUGAACCGCGAGUGAAAGAAGACUGCUGUUCGUUGAUGAAGGAUGUGUGAUUAGCGACCGUCCUUAAUUAGUCGCGACGGCGACGGGUAUUCUGUCAAGAAGCGAACGCUAGAUAUAUUGUUGAUCGAUGUUGAAUGCGAUCAGAAAAAAGUUAUGUUGCAGAUGUAAUUUAGUUGGACAUAUAGCAACUCUUUCGUCAAAGAGAAAUACAUCAGCUUCAUGUUCAAAAUUAAUCAACGAUACGGAAUAUGAAAUCGAAGACUGAUUAAUUGCUAUCUAUAACUUUUAAAAGUACAUCUCACGCAUCAUGAGCUUCUUAACUUACAAUUAUUCAGCCUCGCAUCACACAAGAACACAUAUGUUCGAUUCAUAGAGAAAAAAAAAGAUGAAGUCUUCGAAUAGCGACGUCAAACUAUAUCUUUCUACGUUGAAUGAGAUUGUUUACGAAGAAAGUAUUCAAAGUUCCAUUAAUUUGUAUUAACUUAAUAUGCACUACCUCGAAGAAGGCAAGAUACAUUUGAUCGAACUUGCCGCGUUUGUCGAUCAUUUUUAUACAAACUUUUACUGUGACUAAAUAAAACUGAUCGUUCAUGCCGGUAAACGUAACAUAUCGUAAGAUCGGGACCAAUGCGAAUGCUAUCGACGUAAAAUACUUGUGCAUGUACGAGCGUGCUAUGGCGACGUAGAAAUUUAACCGAGUCACGACUACGGGAGAGAGUAGCUCGAUAUAAUUUUCGACAUGAACCUUACAUCCAGUAUAGGAAAAGAGCGAUCGAUAACGUCGUGAGACGAAGAUGUUUAAAGAUGGCAGGAGGCUUCGACAUUUAUUUUUCGAGUGUACGAUAUAAAGUAGCGAUAAUAUAUAAGACGCCAAGUAGCCAACAACUUUGAGAAGUAUGUUACUUGACACGCAGAACAUCUCAGAAACAAAGGAGAAAGUUUCGUCCACGCGCAACUCCGACGACUUUGUCGAAUAAAAGAUUGGCCGGGGUAUAAAAGAGAAAAUAUAAAACUGGAAAUAAAAUGCCGAAAGGAAGUCCAGGGAAGGAUAGCAGCGAGAAUAUCCAACUAGAACCUUUGUCUAGGACGUCUAGGCAAAACGAAUCUACCGACGCUACAGAAAUAAUAGACGUGAAGGCACCGCUAAGACAUGGCGGAAGAAAAACUUACGAUUCAGGAGACAGUAACGCGGGAUUGCACAGACGUAAUUUUUAUGAGCGUGCAAAUGAAGUUGUUAGAUGUUCUGAGAGAAAGACUUAUUGCGUACUUUGUAUCUGUUGUAUGGUACUUCUCGUUACAUCACUCAUCAUCGCCUUGGCGCCUUUGCGAAAUGGCUGUAUUUGUGUUGAAGAAGAUUCGAAUAAGACGGCAGAUGAUGAAAAGAAUGCUGUUCCUCGAAUGGAGAAUGGAGAGGUAUUUCCAUGGGAUAACAUAAGAUUACCUGCCUUCGCACAUCCUACUAGAUACAAUAUUACCAUGCAUCCAAAUCUCACUACCUUAGAAUUUAGAGGACGAGUUACAAUCGAAUUUUACGUCGAUGAAGAGACCAAAUUUAUCGUCUUCCAUAGUAAAAACUUGACAAUAAAAGAGCAGAUAGUUAAAGAUGGUCAAGAAGAGCUGAAAAUUGCCAAGUUGCUCGAGUAUCCAAAGCGUGAACAGCUAUAUCUAGAAUUGGAGGACAAAUCGUUUCGAAAAAAGAAUAAUUACACGUUAUUCUUAAGUUUUAAUUCAACAUUAAAUUCUACUGAACUUAAGGGAUUCUAUUUUAGUAGUUAUGUCACUCCUGAGGGAGAACAUAGGUAUUUGGCCACAACUCACUUCGAACCAACAUACGCGCGCAUGGCCUUUCCAUGUUUCGAUGAACCACAAUUUAAAGCUAAAUUUAAGAUAUCGAUGUAUAGAGAUAGAUUCCAUAUUGCAUUAUGCAAUAUGCCCGUGAUAAAUACCGAGGAGGCUGGAUUUUACUUGGGCACAAAUCUCUUACGUGAUGACUUUCAAGAGUCCGUAGAUAUGUCGACGUACUUGGUGGCUUUUGUGGUAUGCGACUUUAAACGAGUUUUUGAACUAACAAAGAGAAAUACGUCUGUAAGCGUUUAUGCCGCGUCGCACAUGCUUCCGCAAACAAAGUAUGCCAUGACUACUGCAGCUCGUAUUAUGGACUACUUUGAAUCUUUCUUCGGCAUACCUUAUCCUUUGCCAAAGCAAGAUCUGAUAGCGAUUCCUGAUUUCGAAUCCGUCGCUAUGGAAAAUUGGGGCCUAAUUACUUUUCGCGAAUCACUGUUAAUGUAUGAUACGAAAGAAACGUCUACCGAAAUACAGGAAUAUAUAGCCGUUAUCAUGGCUCAUGAAUUGGCGCAUCAAUGGUUCGGCAAUCUCGUCACGAUGAAAUGGUGGAAUGACGUGUGGCUAAAUGAAGGUGCGGCAACUUUCUUUGAAUAUAAAGGCGUGAAUCACAUCUCGCCCGAAUGGGGCAUGAUGGAUUUAUUCAUAUUACACAAAACGCAACGAGCACUCGAGCUCGAUGCACUAGCCAACAGUCAUCCAGUAAGCGUGCCCGUCGAAAACCCCACCGAGAUAGAAAGUAUAUUUGAUACGGUUAGCUAUUUCAAAGGCGCUUCCGUCCUUUACAUGUUAGAAGGUGUUUUGUGCGAGAGUGUUUUUAAGCGUGGAUUAAAUGAUUAUCUGAAUCAGCACGCGUACGGAAAUACGGAGACCAAUGAUCUGUGGGCAGUUUUCACCAAGCAUUCUGCCAAAAAUACAUCUGUUGGUCCGGAGCUUGAUGUAAAAACUAUAAUGAACACUUGGACCCAACAAAUGGGCUUCCCAGUUGUCACCAUCAUUCGCGAAGACAGUACUAUCACAGCGACUCAAAAAAGAUUUCUCGCUUCACCGCGAGAAAAUGGAGUGAACAUUUCACAACCCAAGUCACCCUUCGACUACAAAUGGUAUAUCCCAUUGAAUUGUUACACAGACAAAGAUGACCUUAUGGAAUCUCCUUUGGAGGUGUGGAUGAACAUGACCAAUGCGACUUUUGAUAUAUCGAGUGAAGUUGAAUACAUCAAAUGCAACAUCAAUCAAACUGGCUUUUAUCGGGUAAACUAUCCGAAAGAGAUGUGGAUGUCAAUCAUCAAAACUUUAAUGAAGAAUCACACCAAGUUCAGUCCGGCAGAUCGAGCGAGUCUCAUCGACGAUGCGUUUUCGCUUUGCGACGCUGGCGAGAUAGAUGCUUCGAUUCCAUUGGAACUUUCGCUUUAUCUCGUCAACGAAAAAGAUUAUGCGCCAUGGGAAACCGCACUUCGAUAUCUAAACUUUUGGAAAAAAAGACUGGCCGAGAGUGCAGCGUACAAAAAAUAUAUCUCAUUUUUUAAACAACUAUUGGGUCCCAUUACACGAUACAUUGGUUGGGCAGAUGAAGGAUCUCAUUUGAAAAAAUUAUUAAGAAUCGUGGUAUUGAAAUCCGCUAUCGAAUUAGAAAUGGAUGAUGUGAUAAAGUCUGCAAAGAAUCUGUUUCAAGAUUGGAUAUCGAAAGGCAAACGCAUCGCACCCAAUAUACGGAAUAUCGUCUAUAUGGCAGGUGUCAAAUUCGGCGAGGAGACUGAGUGGCAGCAUUGCUGGCAAGUUUAUCUUAAAACGCAAGUCCAAAGUGAGAAGCUAUUAAUGUUGCAAGCCCUAGGCGCGACGAUGGAUCCUUGGCUGCUUAAACGAUAUCUUCGGCUCUCGCUGAACCGCAAUUUGCUUAAGGCACAGGAAAUUAACACUGUCAUUGCAUCAGUUGCUGCCAAUCCACACGGACAUUAUCUCGCUUGGCGUCACAUUAAAGCCUACUGGCCGCAAAUUGAAGCCUUGUAUGUAAACGAAUCGCUCUCGAUAAGCGAUCUCAUACUUAGCGUUGUUCCUGACUUCUUCAUCACGGAGUAUGAUUAUCGCGAAGUCUCGGAGUUCUUCAAACAGCAUGACGUCCGCAGCGGUAAUCGCACUCUGCAGCAGAGUUUAGAAAUGAUAAAGUUCAACAUCCACUGGGUGAAAAUAAACGCGAAAGGCAUGAAUAAUUGGCUCACCAAAUAUUUCACGGAGAUAAAUUCUGCGAGUUAACCUCCGCUCGCUGAGAAUGGAACAAAAUGUACCGAAACGUGCAUUAAGCCAUAAUUUUUUUACUACUCUUAUUCGUACACAUUUAAAAAAUACAUGAUACAGCCUACGAAAAGAGAUCUCCAGGUUCGUAAAAAGCGAAAAGAAUCUCAAUCAUCAUCUAGAUAUAGAAGUUUGUGGAUCAAAAACUAAUUAUUUCGGAUUCGUUAGGGGAUCGUUUCCGUGGGGCAAAUAAAAUUUAAAGGAUAACUCUCAAAUAAGAACAAAUUGUUUUGUUUGAAAGAAAUACUUAAACGUAUCUUGUACAAAAUUCGUUAUCACGAUUUAUGGGAAAAAGUCCUCUAAUGAGCUUAGGUAAAACCAAAACAUCGUUUAUAAGUAACACAUUACACCGCUAACAUACACCGAUUUAUACGCACUUUCGAAAGUAUUUAUUUAACACACGUACACGUAGUGCGUGUUAAUCGGAUCACUAAGUACGUAGAAAGAGAUAACAAGAGCAAAGACAUUCCUAGGGUAUCGUCGUUGAUCUGACAUUCGACAAGUAAGAUUUAAUGACAUACGUCUACGGACAAUGAAAGCUUUAGUCUGUCGUUUGCCACAAAAAUCGUAACAAGAAAAGGUCACGAUAAUCAUCUCCACGUGAUUUUCACAUACAAACCCCAUUCUUGAGUCAUCCAAUAUUACUUUAACAGGGAGAGUCGAGCUUGCGACAAAUUUGUCGGAGAAAAUGCUGAUUAUAUUAUUCACGUACGUCCCAUGCAUAAGUCUCUGCGUGUAAAACCUUCAAUGCGAUAUUGCAGACGAUUAGAGAUAAUAGAAUUAUCAUGAUUGUAUAAGCAAUCGUCCAACACAUUUAUGUAGCAUAUCAAUGUACGGCAAAGAGAGGCAUAAUGCGCUAGAUUAUUCAGGUCUGUGCCACAAGCACCGUCCAGAGAGAGAGAGAGAGAGAGAGAGAGAGAGAGAGAG